UUAGAUUCGCAACAGCUGAUUGUGAAUCAGUGAUUAAAUAUCUUGAUAAAAUAAGAACUAACUAUUCGCAGCUUACACUUGUCGCAACUUUCUUUGUGCCCAGCAUUGCCCUCCAAGUUUCCGUACCCUCUCCUGGACUUUGAACUUAUGGGAGCAAUUGGAUCCGCUUUGAGAUCCCCAAUUGUCGAUAUGUCUACCAAGCAAGCAAAAUUCGUUGAAAACACUAUUGCCAGCAAUAAAGUGGUAAUAUUCAGUAAGACUUAUUGCCCAUACUGCACGAUGGCAAAAGAACCCUUCAAGAAGCUCAAUGUAGAUGCUACUAUAAUUGAACUCGAUGGAAAUCCCGACGGUAAUGAGAUUCAGGCAGUUCUGGGUGAAAUCACGGGGGCCAGAACGGUUCCCCGCGUUUUCAUCGAUGGCAAAUUCAUUGGCGGCGGCACUGAUAUUAAACGAAUGUUUGAAACGGGAGCUUUGCAAAAGUAUUUCCAGUAAAUAUCCUAUCGUUCAAGGUUCUGUACUUUGUGCAAUGCUGCUUUUCAUGUACAAAAAUUAGAGAACGCUUUUCUAUUUAAUGUUUAAAGUCUUAAAUAAAUGUUGAACAUAUUCAAUAUGGGAAA